GGCACUGACUUCCUGUCGGAGCGGAGCGUCCAACAUGGCAAGCGGGGAGGGUGCGGAGCAACGGCGGUGGCAGCGGGGAGGUGACAAGUACUCGGUGUUGCUGCCUACUUACAACGAGAGGGACAACCUGCCACUCAUCGUUUGGCUGUUGGUCCGCUACUUCGAUGAAAGUGGAUUUGAUUAUGAAAUUAUAGUGAUUGAUGAUGGAAGUCCCGAUGGGACACUUGAGGUUGCUGAACAGUUGGAAAUGAUUUACGGAUCUGAUAAAAUUUUGCUGAGACCUAGGGCAAAGAAGCUGGGUUUAGGAACAGCAUACAUCCAUGGAAUACAACAUGCCACUGGAAACUUUGUGUUUAUAAUGGAUGCUGACCUUUCACAUCAUCCAAAAUUUAUCCCGGAAUUUAUAAAAAAACAAAAGGAAGGAAACUAUGAUGUAGUGUCUGGCACCCGUUACAAAGGGGAUGGAGGAGUAUUUGGCUGGGAUUUGAGAAGAAAACUGAUCAGCCGAGGAGCAAAUUUUGUCACACAGGUAUUGUUGAGACCAGGAGCUUCAGACUUGACAGGUAGCUUCAGAUUAUACAAAAAAGAAGUGCUGCAGAAACUGGUAGAAAAGUGUGUAUCGAAAGGAUAUGUCUUUCAAAUGGAGAUGAUCAUUAGGGCUCGCCAGCUGGAUUACAGUAUUGGAGAGGUUCCUAUAACAUUUGUGGAUCGGGUGUAUGGUGAAUCCAAACUGGGAGGAAAUGAAAUUGUGUCAUUUUUGAAAGGACUGCUACAUCUGUUUGCUACAACAUAAUCAAAUCUGAUAUUUAGUACUGAAAUGUUCUUUGGCCAGAAUGCCUUGAGACUAGAUUUGUGAUUUCGUUAUUUCACAAUUUCCUUGUAAAGUCAGAUUUUAUAUUUGUAUAAAUCUGUAGCACAUUUGAUAAGUGAACAUCUGUAAAAUAUAACUUGAAAUAAAAUAAAUCUAGUCUUUAUGUCUAUUAAA